AUGACUCAUAAUGAGAGUCGUGCCAAUGACAGCAUGUUGUCGUCUUUUAAUAAUUCCGACAGGCUAGACCUAUUGAAUGCGCGGUAUGCGUCGACAUUACUGCCGUUAACGUUAGUGCUAGGAUUAUUCGGGAUUGUAGGAAUCGCGGGGAACGUGUUGGUGUUUGUAGUGUACGGAUGCGAGAAACAAUUCAAGGAUCAGAAAUUUAGAUACUAUGUGUCGUUUCUCGCCUUGAUAGACCUCGUCACGUGUAUGACCUUAAUUCCAGCGGAAAUGCUCAAACACCAAGAGUACUUCAACUUUACUGGGAGCGUUUGGUGCAAGGCAAAAUGCUUCUUUAACGUGUUUGCAGCGGCCGCUGCGUCCUACUGUCUCGUUCUAGUCGCAAUAGACCGGUACAUGCUCACGUGUCGCCCAGUGGUGUUCUGUAAGGUACGGAGCAUUUCACACGGCCUUGCAUAG